CAACACAUCAGUCAGUCACGUUAGUUCCUCUGUGUCCUGAGGUUGAAGAAGUCUCUCAACAGGGCAUUGAGAGAUAUUACCCGUAAUUAAUCAACAAUGUCUUCAGUUCAGCAUUUGAGAGAGUUAGUGAACGAGAGACUAACUGCUGCUGCUGAAGAAAUAUUCAGAGUUUUUCACAAAACUAUCAUCGAGUAUGAAGAAGAGAUCGACCGUCAGCGCAGACUGCUGGAUAUCAUUAGGAAACCUGAAAUAAAGCUACACAGAGCAGAGCUCCCACAGCAACAAGAGGAGGAGGAGGAGGAGGAGGUUCUCAAUGAUGAGCAGCUGUGCAACCAUGAGAGGAGCUCCAGUUUGGACCAAGAGCCUCCACAAGUUAAAGAGGAAAAGGAGGAGUUGUACAACAAUUUGGAAAGACAACAGCUGGUGGUGAAGCAGGAGACUGAAACCUUGAUGCCGACUGCUGCUUGUGAGGAAAGUGACAACAGUGAAGAGCAGACUCUAGACUUCAUGAUUGAGAAUGUUGUCAGCUUGUCAGUUAAAAGCUCUGAGGUACCAGAAACAAACAUUGAUGACCAGCUCCUCUCUCAUAACUCUCAUGUAGCUGAGAGCCAAGAUCUCAAAGGAGACAAACAAGGAGACUCAGGAUCUACUAGAAAUACAGAGACAAAACCACAGAAGAGACCUUAUAAAACUAGAAGUCACGGUGACAAUGUACGUAGCCCUACCACAUCAAAGAUUCAGCUGGAUACUGAAUCAAGUAAAAAGGUUUUAAAUUGUGCCACUUGUGGAAAAACUUUCAAGUAUAUUUCCCAGUUGAAUGUACAUGAGAGACUCCACACAGGUGAGAAGCCGUACACAUGUGACACUUGUGGGAAAAGAUUUUCUCAACAGAAAGUAUUGAAAGUGCAUAUGACACUCCACACAGGUAUGAAGCCGUACCCAUGUAACGCCUGUGAGAAAAGAUUCUCUUAUAUGUGCGGAUUACGGGACCAUAUGAGAGUCCACACAGGUGUGAAGCCGUACCAAUGUGACACUUGUGGGAAAAGUUUCUCUCAGGUGGGCUCAUUAAAAGUGCAUAUGAGAAAUCACACAGGUGAGAAGCCAUACCCAUGUGACACUUGUGGAAAAAGAUUUUCUCAACAGAAAAUAUUGAAAGUGCAUAUGAAAAUCCACACAGGUGUGAAGCCGUACCCAUGUGACACUUGUGGGAAGAAAUUUAGUGAUAUGACAAAAGUGAAAAGGCAUAUGAGAAUCCACACAGGUGUGAAGCCGUACCCAUGUGACACUUGUGGGAAAAGUUUCUCUCAGGCGGGCUCAUUAAAAGGGCAUAUGAGAAUUCACACAGGUGAGAAGCCGUAGACAUGUACCACCUGUGAGAAAAGAUUCAUACGUCGACAUCAGUUGAACAUCCACAUGAGAACGCAUGAAGUUAAAAAAGAUUCUUUUGUAAGCCGAACUGUAUGCUGA